CUAAUCAGAAUUUUUGAAAUAUAAUUGAUAUGUGUGAUCUUUUGCUACGUAUUACAUUGCGAUUACAUUUUGAUUUCUAAAAUUUAUCUAAAAAACCGUUUAUUUUUGUAUAUUUUUAAACUGUGACACUUAUUAAAAAAUAAAAAGUUCGGAUUAAUAAAUUGAUUAUUACAUUUUUUUUCAACUACGUGGAGUUUUUAAUUAAAAUAGUUUUUAUGAAUUCGCUUCGAUAUGUCUGCCGAAGAAGAAGAUAAAGACACUUUAAAUAAUACUGAUAAUACUGUGGAGGAUCAUUCUAAUAAUGACAACCAUAAUGACACCUUUCCAAACAGUAGUGCUUCUAUACCUAAUGGAAAUGAGAAUUCUCCACCGUGUCAAUUAGAUAUUGGCUUAGGCACACAUACCGAUAACAAGCGCAAUGAAAAUAGUUUAAAUUUGGAUGCAGCCACAGGAGAAUCUACUGCUUGCAGUUCUAAGCGAGAAGAUAACCCUCUUUCAUUCAGACAUUUUUUGUGUAACAAUAGCUCUAAUCAAACUUCUAAACCCAAAGUAGAAGUUGUACCAAGUAUAUCUCAACCAGUGCGACCUAUAUCAGAAACAUCUACUCUCCCUGAUUUCGUUCAAGAUCACUUGGCUGCAGAUCAAACAUAUGAUAAUGGGGAUCUUGACUCAAGAACUAAUAAUAUAGAUCUAACUCGAGGAAUUCAUCGUCCAUCAAUGUUUGGAAAUCGUAGUAAUCGAACCCCUCAACAAUGUGUAGUUAUGCCAUUAGAUUUGCCAUUUUCUAACACAUCAGCACAACAACCAAGAGCUACUACACCAACUACAAUCAAUAGUUUACCAGAUUUUUUAUCUGAUGGGCCAAUUGGAGUUCCAGUUGUUCACCCAGUCACCCGAAGUGAACAACAAACGGAUAGAAACCGUAUCAGCAUCACUAUCAAUCCACAACGUGGUACUCAACCUCCAAAUCAGAAUUAUACUAGGUUUCAAAGGCACAGUCAAGCAGUUGAGGCUAGAGUUGCUAGGUUAGAAGCAACAGAACAAGAUUUAAGAACAACAGUUUUAAAUUUAAACAACAUGCUUCAACAAGCUUUAAUGAGAGCUCAAAGAGCUGAAGACGAAGUAAGAAAUUUAAGAGCUUUGUUACGGGUUAGAGAACAAGGUUUGAAUUCAAGCAAUUUAGCUACUAUCCCAUCAAACACUUCAGUGGCUGAACAGAUACGUCAUGGUACACGUAAUACUGAAGUAUUGCUCAACUUAUUAAGAGAUAAUUGCCAAGAAUUAAAUAAUGUGGCAAUUCGACUUGAGCAACAAGAAAAUUCAUCAACAUCUAAUAACCAGCUUUUAGCUGAUCCUAGUGAUUCAGCAGAUGAUAAUAUAACAUAACACUGCUCUCCUUUAAUAGGUUACAGCUACUCAUAUGUAUAUGAUAGAAUACAAUUCUAAAAUGUACCAGAGUAUUUUUCUCUGUACAGGAUCUGUGCAAAUAUAUUGCCAAGACUGGACCUCAAUUGUUUUUGUUUUUGUGUAAUUUUGAUUAUUAUUAUUUUAUUAGUAUUUUUAUUGCCAUUCAAUGCUUAAGAUUUUAUUUUCGUUAUCAAAUCUAAUUUAAUUGAUAGUUGUAUGUAAAUAGAAAUUUAUAUAAUUAUAAAUAAAAAAGAUAUAUUCUUAUGAAA